CGACACACGCCGAACUUCCGAGGGCUGCCUCCGUUGCUGCUGCUAACCGCCCAACAACAUCGAGAUUUAUAUCUUUUAUUCUGGGGGAUUGACAUGACGGGAAGACGACCGGUACUGGGCAGCCAGGCUGUUUAUUCUCCAUCCUCCGCCGACUCGAAAAGCGUACACGUCGAUCCGGCGACAUGCCACAACAUCUCGCUUUUCAAAGGUGCGUCUUGUCGUUUGAUUUCUUCGGGUCGGGCGCCGAUUGGUCUACCAUGUCGUAACUCGAUUACUCACUGAAGGGGUGUUAUUACUGGAUAGAGCUUAUGCGAGAGUAUCGAAAAGUUGAUGACAAUGUGACGAUGCGUCUGAAUAGAACUGUUGCACAGUUCCGCGAUCGCGAUAGGAUAUCAACUGCUUCUGUCACGUCUCGUCGGCCGGAGGAUGAGGCAUGCGCGUACUUUUGGCAAGAUCUCGUCUCAAAUUGGAAGAGACGAACGGAGAUAAUCCAAUAUUGCGUGGACGUCGUGGACCAGAGUAUCGAUGGCAAGAGGAAAACUAUCGAGAAUGAGCGGUUAAGUGCCGAUGCAGAAUCCAGUUUGAAGGAAGCUUCUUACGCUGAGGAAGUUAGGGUAUGCAUGUCGUGUUAUCCCUCCACUAUCGUUCCUUUCAUAAUGUUGUGCUUUCAGCGAAAUCAAAUCCACAACGAGCUGACUGUUGAGGCCAUUAUCAGACAACGUUCGCUUGACGCUUUCAAAAACAGGUGUAGAUUCUUUGAACCGCCACUAUCAGACGCAGAAGCUCGGACAUGGUGGGACAGGGCCAGCAAGGGACGUUAGUUAUGAUUUUAAACACACAACAACUUUGCGUUUAUAUCAUUAUCUGAACACACUGCAACUACCAUAGGCACUUUUGUAGCUGUACAUCUUCCACACUUGCAAUUAUUUUGUCGCAUCAAACGAGCUGACUGUGGGGGUUCGGCGAUUGCCGUUGAAAUGACGCAACCGAAUGUUCGCGUGUGCUCAGCUUCUGAGUCCGCUCUUUGCAUUGGCAAACCGCGUGUGGCGUCACAUUCACUUGCUCACUCUGCCUACCAUGCCUCCUCCUACAAGAGUCCUUCUCGCAAUGUUCUCGUUACCGCUGCUGCUGGUGCCGAGCGCCAUUGCAGCGGUGGCAGCCCAAGGGCGACUCAUGCUACAGUUUCCUAAUUUCAGACCAGAUGAUGCCGAGCAAAGCACCUUAUCUUUGGACGAUGAAGUAAAAGUCCCUGUAACGCUCGGAGUCAUGUCGCGCUGCCCCGACGCUCUCAUUUGCGAAGCGACAUUUGACAAGGUCGUCCCUCAAGUGAUUGACAAAAUUGACCUGUCCCUAUCUUUCAUUGGAAGAAUUAACGAUUCAGAACCGGAUUUUGGUGUAACAUGCAUGCAUGGGCCGGAUGAAUGCGCUGGGAACGUCCAGGAACUGUGUGCUUCCAAGUACCUUGACGUACGAACGUGGUGGGCAUAUCUCAAGUGCCAAAACUUCAACGGUCGUAGCAAGGUCGGGAAUCCAGAUAUUGCCCUAAAAUGUGCAGACACGGCCAAGUUCGAUUGGUUAGAGAGCGGCGUUGGGAUGUGCGUGGGUGAGGACGGCUCGGGCAAGGGCGAAGAAGGUAUACGGUUGCUAAAGGAAAGCGUGCAGAAAAGUGACGAACUUGGAAUUCAGAAAAGCUGCACGAUUUUAAUAAAUAACAAGCCUGUCUGCGUGCACGACGGCGCGUGGAAGGAAUGCGGGGACGGUCACGCGCCUGAGGACUUCGUCAAGCAGAUAAAUGACGAAUACGACAAGUUAAACAUGGCCUGAAUCCGGACUACACUAUAUUUACAAUGUCGCGCGCUGUGGUAGUACGUGAUUAUGGACCUCCAAAGGCGAGCUCGUAAAGGAUGACCGUGACGUUGAUGAAUAUUAAAGGCACUAUAUAUAUGCAUUUUUUCAGCAUUUAACUCAUUUUCUUUUGUAUAUCAUGUAGUAGUUUUAUCUUUUACAUACCU